AUUCUCUCAAGAAACAAAGUAAAAGAAAAAAAAAAGACAAAGAGAAAAACACAUUCUCCUUAUAUUAACUUCUCAAUUUCCUUACAUGAAUCUAAACUGAGAACACACCUGGUCUCUUCUUCUCAUAGAGUUCUGAUUUCCUAAGCAGCAAAAAGCUUUUGCUUAAGUUUCUUCUGUUUAAGUUUUUUUUGCUCGUUCGGUUCUUCUCCUCGCCAAUGGAUUCUUUCAACUCUCAGAAAACUAAAUCAAGAAAGAUAAAGAGGCUUGCGAAGAAGUCUCGUGCUCAGAUAAUCUUGGAUCUGUUUUACCGGGCCAUCGAGAUAGCUCUUGUCCUGGUUACGGCAGCUAAGCUAUGCUAUCAGCUCGUUAUCACGUUGCAUGAUUCUGGUGUCGCCGCGGCUAUUCUAGCAAACCGUAACCUUGCGUUUGUUAUAGCAAACGCCAUAGUCAUCGCUCUAAUCGCGAAAUCUGGCCUUCUCUUGAAUCAAGAAGUUGUCCCCAAUUGCAAAAGCAACGACCUCGACCUUUACGACGAGGUGAGAAACAGAGGAAAACAGAGCGAAGCAGAGAACAAGGCUACACAGAGCAUAAUAGAAGCCAGAGCAAAACAGAGAGAAGCAGAGAAAGAGACAGAGAGCAUAACUGAGACCAUAGCCAAAUACAGCAUUCCUGAGAAGAUAGAGACACGGAGUAAGCCUGAGAAGUCUACAAAACAUAGUACUUCAGUGCAGAGAGAGAAACAAAGCAAAGUUGAACAUCAGGAAACAACUGCGAAGAAGAUGGAGAAACAGAGUUUGGCUGAGAAGAUGCAAAGUCAGAGUUACCAACGAAGCAGGUCAGAGAAUCUGGAGGGUUUGGAGAAGAGUCCAUGUGGAAGAUUGAGGAGAUCAGAGACGGAUGCUUCUUCUGAAAGAUUUGAUUCUGACGAUGAACUCCGGUUCAAAAUCGAGUCUUUCAUUGCCAGGCAGAGGAGGAAUCAAUAUGAUAUGAUUAGCUUGGUUUAGCUUAGAUAAAACAAAAAUAUAUUAAAAUAACAAAAAAUAGUUUUUGCAAAUACCAUUCACGUAUGAUAAUGUGAGUGUUUGUUAUAAAAGGGUGAAAAUCUUUUAAAUCCUUGGCAUAAAUUUUUGUUUUUCCUUUUUCUGUUGUAUUUCUUUGUAAAAUAUAACAAAAUUUGAAUAUUUUGUUGUAUCAACUCGGAUUUUGAAGCAUUCUGCAACUAGCUAUAGUAUAUAGUUUCUUCAAUAAAAUUUAUAUUAAUA